AUGCCCCAGCUGAACACGUCUGGGAGGAAUGAAGGGACAACGCAGUCACCGACUCCUCCGGGACGGAGGCCAAAUAAAGGCACCAAGGUGCCGCAAGGGUCGAGUAUCGUAAGGCAGACGUACUCGACAACGGUGUUCGACGAAGAACACAACAUGCCACAGGGGGCGGUGCGGAAGGACCGACAGAGAGGGGACCUAGCGAAUAUAUCGGCACCAGCAUCCACCACACAGACAGGAGCAGGAGCGAACAGCGGAGAUCGUGGAACAACAGGAUCACUGGGAAUCGCACAGUACUUCGACCCGCUGUCUAUAAUAGAGCAUCAACAAUACAUUGAAGACCAAUUUGAGAAGGAGAAGCGUCUUCAAGCGCAGCGACGAAAAGCAGCAGACAGAGACACGGACAAGGCCCACCAGGGCUCUCCAGAUGACCUCCACCCUCAAGAUCAAACUUACGGUUUCAUCACGCAAAAUGUCAACGGUCUGGGGGCGACUGAAAAGGAUAGAGAUAUGUGGUUUCGAGCUUUUGGAGAACAGGAUGCACAUGGCAGAGCGGAUGUGUUAUUGAUUCAGGAGACUCAUGUAGCGGCUAGCGAAGUUGGAUACCAUGAGAGACUGUAUGCGAAGCGGACGACACACGGUUAA